ACAUCAACAACGAACGUUCACCACGGUUGCAGAAUGGCUCGCGCUCAUCGUGUUGCUGGAGUCGCUGCAUUAUUUAUAACACUUUACACUCUCGUUUUCUUGCAAACCCUUCAAGUUCCCUUUAUCGAAAGAAACACCGUGGAUGAAGUUCUUCCAGUCAUACCUUGGUGGCUAUUAGUAUUAUUUGGCUCUUAUUCCCUGUGGUCGUUAGGAUGGGGGUUAUUUACUUUCAGAGAUUGCCCGGAAGCAUAUCACGAACUCUUGAGUGAAAUUUCUGAGGCUAAGAACGACCUUCGGGGGAAAGGUGUAUCUGUGGAUUGAAGACUAUCACGAAAACGCUGUAAUUUGUUAUUUUCUUAGGAAAUGAUCAUCGCAUACCAGGGUCCAAAUCGACAUACAUACACGGAUCCCAAACCCGCGACCAUAC